UUUAUGCUGGUGCGCUGCAGUGGCGCUUUGCAUUUGAACGAAAUAUGGGGUCAAAUGUGAUUUUCCCGAUAUUAUGAACGUGUGCCAUCUUCUCGUGUUUAAAUGGAGGAAUAUAAAUAUGUCGUGUAAUCUGUUGUUACCAGUAAGGCCAUAGAAUGCUGGUGAGUUACAGCAGCAGCUCCGAGGAUGAAAGUGAUUGUUUUACAGUUCAAAGGAAACGAUCAUGCAACGUUACCUGCCACGACGAGGAGGACUUGCGCUUCGGCAAGAGGACCAAACUUGAGGCUGUAAACAGCCAUGGUAGUAAUGCGCAAAACAAAGAAGUCCUACCUGAGGAAGAGCGUGGCCGCCUACCUGUGCCCGAUACCGUGCUGCAUAUGUUCCGAGAGGAGCAGAGGGUUGACGACAGUGCUCAGCACGGAGGGCGAGUCCGGUCUUUCAAGCAUGAGCGGGGGAAUUGGGCCACAUACGUUUUCCUGCCGUACACACCAGAUGAGGCAUUCCUGGAGCUGUUGGACGAGGUGACAGCCCUAGCCAGAUCCCUGGAUGUGCCCCUGAAUCAUGCAGAGGAGUUCCACAUCAGCUUGUCCCAGACAGUGGUUCUGCGACACCACUGGAUCCAGCCAUUCGUGCAGUCCCUCAGAAACAGCCUGGCUGACACCAAACGGUUCCUUUGUUUGGCUCAGAGACUGAAUAUCUACUCAAACAGCGAGAAGACCAGGACAUUUGUGGGUUUGGAAAUCUCCACUGGGCAUGCUCAACUAACAGAGUUGACUAAAGUGAUCGACAAAACGAUGGAGGAGUUCCGACUCACAACAUUUUACCAGAACCCUUCCUUCCACGUGAGCCUCGGCUGGUGUGUGGGUGACCGGACGGACCAGCUCCAGUCAGCAUGUUUGCCACAGCUGCAGAGUCUUUUGGAUCACCAUGAAGAUGGACCCUUCCAGCUGAGGAUAGAUUGUGAUGAGCUGCGCUGCAAGACUGGAAACAAAGUCUUCUCCUUUCCCUUGCCUAAGUAGGGCUAUCAAUACCUAAACCAUACAAAUCCCCCUAACCGUUGCAGUCUAAAUAUAUCUGUUUAGUCAAAAGUAAAUAGUUCACAUGCAUUUUCCUCAGUACUGUGAAUACCAUUUUAAAAGGAAGAUAAAUGUGGCCAAGAAUGAGUGCUCAGCUCAUCCUGUUACUGGCUACAAUCCACAUUUUUUUAGUAGUAAAGUAAAUAAAUCUUUGUAUUUUC